AUGGCUGCUCUUAAUGGUGCGUUUGGCGGCGGUGUGAUAGUGCUUCGUUUUUCUUGCGUGGAUGUGCAACGGUUGAUGCGUGCCGAAAACGAUGCGACUUCCGUGACUGCGCAUGUGCUUGGAAGUGUGGAGCUAAACUCCACCCCGGAACGAGUGAAAUCUCCAACGGCAAGAUUUUCUCUGGGUCCAACCACGAUGUCGAAGCAGCUGAUAUCUCGUGCCCCUAUGAAAGACUAUGAAGAAAUUGUCGAAGAUCUUCGCAAAGAAAACUUCGACUUGAAACUCAGGGUUCAUCUCCUUGAGGAAAGAUGCAGACCUGGGGGUGGAUCUGCUCAAGACGAUAGUCGCAAAGUGAUAGACUUGAAAGUAGAAGCCGAAAAUCUGCGUUUGGAAAAUGCCAAAUUUAAAGAGUUAUUGUCGGAAGCUUCUCUAGCCAUUGAAACGUUGCAAGUUCAACAUGAGGAAGCCGUAGCCAGGAUCAUUGCGCAGCAUGAAGCUGACAAACUGUCAUGGUCACAGAAAGAUACGAAUGAUACACCAUUGGUGAAUGUCCCCGAAAUUCCAGUCGUGGUCGGUCCGAAUGAAAAGGACGAGUUGCUCGUCAAAAUAGCCUCGCUACAAGAAGAGCUGAACGACAUGAGGGCCAGGGUUGUGACCGCUGAAGAUGAAGCCCAAGUAUCACGUAACGAGCUUACGUCGAAGAUUUCAGAAGUUCAAUCACUGCAUGCCACUGUCUCCGAAAAGGAUGAGAGAAUCGAGAAAUUGUCGAAUGCAAUGAACGUAAAAGAGAAAGAAGUUGCUGAGAAGGAGAAGCGCGUACAAAGCGUUCAAGAAGAGCUCAAAACAGUCAAGCCUGAGAUACUCACAAAAACUCGAGAAAUUGAAGACAAGGAUAAAAUAAUCGAGGAGAAAAACAGUCAGCUGGAGCAACAGCAAAAGAUUCUGGUAGAAAUCCAAAUCACCUUGGACGAAAAGCAGAAAGAAUUGGAUGAGUAUGAACGAAAGCUGCGCGAAAGCAGAGAGAAAUUGCGUGACUUGGAGGACCAACUGAGUAGCCAAAUCAAAGCCGCGCAAUCUGCAGUACAGGAACUGGAGAAGAAGAAUUCUGAUCUGAAACGAAGAGAUCGACGGAUUCGUGACCUUGAAGCUCAGAUGAAGGAACUACAGGAUUCACUAAAUAAAGCUAAGUGGGAGGCGGAACAAGGUGGAUCUGAAGGCGGUGUGAAAGAAAUGGCUGAAGAAGAGAUGGAGACCUUAUGGACUCAGUUGGAGGAAAUGAAAAAAACCGUGUCUGAGCUCACUCGCAUCAAGCAGGAAAAAGAAGUAGAAAUUCAGGGCUGGAAGACCAAGGUUGAAUGUCUGGAGAAGCAGCUUAGCAACACCCCGUCGAAUCAAGCGUUCAAGCCCGACUCGUCACAUUCGUUGGUGGCAAGCAUGCCCCAACAAUCCAUUCAUAUUCAGCCUCAAUUUGCUGUUGAAUCCGCUGAUGUUGCCACGUUGCGUGCUGCAUUUGUGCAACUCAGGGAACAACUGGAAGCCAAGGCUGCACAAGUGGAAUCCAGCGAAAUCUCGACACAGGGCAAAUUUGAAAUGGAACUCUGGUCUAAAAACGACGAAAUCGCAAAGUUGCAGAAGCAAAUGGACAAAAUGAGCAAAUUUCAUGAGAAAGACAUCGCAAAUUUGCGUGAAACUCUCGAUGACAAGGAUAAAGAAUUGAGUCGACUGAAGGAUAAAGCCAGGAAACUCCGUGCUGCAUUGGAGGACAGCAGGAAGGAAGCAAAUCACCUAUCAUCGCUUGGAAAGGAAAACAGUGGUAGCAGUUCAUGCAACGAACUUAAACUUGCAGUUGCCAAGAAGCCUAUGCAAGAAACAAAUCCCAAUGUUAUUCACAUUCAUCAAGCGGCAUUUGCAGACGUCAUUCCAGCUUCAAUGGUUCCUCUGCUUGCUGCCUGUCACGAAGAAACUGUUGAAGCCCUCAAGUCUAGGAUAGUAGCUUUGCAGGAUGCGUUGACCAGCAAGUUGGAUAAUGAAAAAGAAGUUAAGCAACAGCUGAAAUCUGCCCUGGAGAAGGUAGACGCGUUGGAAAAGGAACGACAAGAAGUUGAAAUGGAGUGCAGUAAAAAUUUAGACUUCGAUCGCGAGCAGGUGGAAGCGCUGAGAGUAGAAGUACGACAAUUGAGACAGUAUAGGGAUGACCAACUAGAAGCCCGAGCUGUCGAUUGGAGGAAAAAAUAUCAGAGUUCGGCCAAGAAGUACAAGAAAGAACUUGCUAUCGUGAGACAGCAAUUGGCAGACUCCCACAAUGCCUGUGCUAUGCUCAGAACGCGACUUGAGGAGUUGGCCGACUUCUUGGAUCAAAUCUUGGUACUGGAAGAUCAAGGUCUCCUGGACUUGUCGCAUGUGUCUGCGGAUAAUGUUUCCGCAAUGCGUCGUGCCUUGGAUAAUUCCCGUAAUCUGUCGCAAUCUCUCUCGCAAAGUCUGGUCGUCUCUGUGAUAGAUGAAGAACCAGCGUGUCGGGGUGACGACGAUGAUCUGAUCAGCUUCUCCAGCCAAGCGUCAAGUUUUGGGCUGCGUGAUGACGGUAGUCCGGCGACUCCAGAAGCCGAUGAAACUGGCGCGGAUCGUGGAAGAGACGAAUUAAUCCGAAUUCGGAAGGAAAUUGAAGAUAAAAAUCAGCAACUGCUUGUUGCUGGAGAGAUGAUUACCAAGUUGCGUGGAGAAACAACGCGAUUGGCGGAAGGUAUUCGGGCUAGGGAUUUAGAAAUCGAAAAGCUGAUCCUUGGCACCGCUGGAGAGCCAACAAAGGAGUCAGGCGCUAAACGUAGCGUUGGUGCUCGGUCACUCGCGCAAGACCGUUCUGGAACCACGCAAGCAUCUCCUGGGACCCGGCGCAAAGGCGAUACAUCACCCGCGGGUGCCACGCACCGUUCGCACCAUCACCACCAUCACCGUUCGUUGCCGUCGAAAUCCGUUGCUGGACAACCACCUGCACCGAAUCGACGCGUGGAUGCUGCAGUGCCUGUCAGCAAGCCGCUUUCUCCCAGCGAAUCUGAAGCCUGGUCUGAACCAGACAGAAAUGUCAGCCUGGCCAGGAUCGGUCUUGAUCAAGAAGCAAGGUUGAAGCCUUUUGCUGAUGACGAACUCCAAGCUGUGGGGCAGGUCUCGACGUCUUCGUCAUCUGACGCUGACUCGCAAAAGUUGGCUGGAAAUUCAGCUGCAAGCUUGGCGAGAGUUUUGCAACAGAACAGGAAUCUUAUGCUGAGUAUGAAAACACUGCAAGCUAUGAAUGACUCCCUGAAAGCGGAAUUGGUCGCGUGUCAUGCCGCUCUUGGUAGAGGCGAAGGAGACCAAGAGUUAUUUUCUGAACUCAAAGCUCUGAGAGAAAACUUGGAAGAGACGAUUGCAAAUCACGACGAAAUUAAGCGGCAUUUACAGGAAAGCGUUGCAGGUAACGAACUGCGCGAAGAGAAGGAAAGGCUGCGGGCUGCCAUGGCCCAAGCGGAACGUUAUCGACAGCUGUGUGAUCAUUCGGAGACGCAAAUAAAUGCUGUCAGUCAACGCAACGAAGAAUUGGAAAAAGAGGUGACUCGACUCCGAAAAGAACUGGUGACAAACAAAGCCGAACGUGACAAACUCCUCGGACUUGAAGAUUGGUAUGAAGUGAAAGCCGUAGAAAUACAAUCCAAAGAUCAGAAAAAGCAUUCCAAGUUGCAAGAAGCCCUUCUAGCUGCCGAAAUCGACAAGAAGGAACUCAAAAUUCAGCUAAAUGAAGCUCGAGCGACGUCCGAGCGUUACGCAAAAGAAAUUGAAGUACUGGAAAUCCGAUGCAAGCAGUUGGAAGAAGAACUUCAUCGCGCAUUGGACGAACUGCGUAUUUCUCGCGAAACACGCGCAGAACUGGAAAAAGACAUUGACGAAAACAAAGCGGAAUCGGACGCUAAAAUCGCCUCGCUUCAUGCGGAAAACGCGGCCAAGUGUACGCUUUUAGAAACCGAGAAAAUCUCUGCUAUUUCCUCGGUGAGAGUAGAGUUCGAGAACAAAAUUUCUGCCUUGAAAUCUGCUGCUGAGUUGGGAAGAGAUUUGGAGCUUCGUCUGGAGGAGGAAAAGCUAAAAUGCCGAGCCUUGGAAGCCAAUUAUCACGCUAUCGAGGAGCAAGGAAGAGCUGCGCUGAUGAAUGAGAAAUCUGAACAUUUAGCGCUGGUGAUUGAAUUGAAACGCGAGAUACAAGCCCAGAAAGAAAAGGCGAAUGACUUGGAAUCCCGAUAUGUAGAGCUCUCAGUGGAAAAUCAACGACUUGUUGAGGCGAAAAACUACGCUGACGCGUUGGAGGCGAAGCGCCGACAAUAUCUAGAUAAAAGCUUGCAAGUGGAUGACUUCGAUGGAACGACGAAUGGUUUGCUUGGUGGCAUGUGCUCGCCAGAAAGCGGAAGAAGCGUUGAAUGCGUUGCUGGCGCAGUCAGUAGUAAAAGCCAGCUUUUCGGUGUCAUGCCAGGCGUGAACCAUGACCAGUCUCAUUUCCAGGUCAUGGGUGCGCAUACGCAUUCCCCGGGUACGUAUUCAUCGCCGGAUCAAGGCAUUGAAACCGAACCCCAUGCAUAUGCCGACUAUGGGUUCACCUGUCCCGAUUGCCAUCGACUAUUUCCGUUGUUAACGAAGGAGAGUGACGAAAACGCCGCUUCCCUGGGGAUUUUGGAGGUGGAAUUGAAAAUCAUUCGUGAGGAAAACUCGAGGUUGUUGAGUGAGCUGGCCGACAGUAAGCAUCAAUUGCGUGAUGCCUUGGCCAAAUUGCAGUGUCCUUUGGAUCUCCGGAAAGAUUUGAUAUGCCAACAACUGCACAAAACACAUGAUGUUCUGAGGAAGGCUUCCAUCACGAGUGUUGUAAGGGAUUGCAAAAUUCGGAGUCCUGACUUACGGCAUUCGAUAGCCUGGAGGUUCCUUGUGCUCUUUGUGACCCUCAUUGGCUUUCGGCAGCCAUGCCAAGUAACACUGAAGAGUAAUGGCAGCCAGCAGUACUUUCAAGACAUGGCGGAAGGAGGGUGUUCAACUGAUGGCAGCGAAGUGAAAGAGGUUAUGACGUUGCGGUAUUCGAACGGGAUAGUGCAGUCUUACGGUUUUCCUCAAGCCCGUCUCAAUCCCUUAAGCGAUGAAAAUUUGGACCAUGUCUGGCCUCCUGCCUCAGUCUAUCGGUACAGCGUCGAGUGUUAUGAUGGCAAAAACGAUCCACGAUCUCGCAGUGCCCGCGAACGCUUUGUCGUCAGUCAUGAUGAAAUUCGUCGCUGUCGAAGUAAUAUUGACGCCAAAUUUAUCGCGUCGAUUCUCGACCGCACUACAGAAAUGAACGCCGAUGGUUACAUUGGUCUCAAGCAAGACAUAGCCGACAAGUCUGAUAUGGAGGAGCUGAAAUUGACGGAUGUCUUCGUUCCCCCAAAGCCAGUUGUGAAGAAGCCGCCGGGUCGAGGCCGUAGGAGACCACAGGAAGCGUAUAUUGAUGGCAGUGAUUCUCCAAGUGACGACUCACUGGGAAAUUCCGCGCGAGAACCAAAAUCCAAGGUUCGGAAAGUUCAUGGGACUUCUAAGAAGGGAACCACCGGUGGAAGCAGUACUCGGAAAUCAAAGAAGAAACUUAUCAAGGAUGAUCUCGAGAUACAGGGCCUGAAAGUGCGAGAUCUCCCGCGAGGAACUGCAGUGACUUGUCAUCUUCCCGAUCGAUACUUCGGAGAUGUGAUUCAAAUCCUCGAGUUCAUUUCGGCUUUCGGAGAAAGCUUAGGCUUGGAUCGUUGGUUUCCGGAUGGCAUAUCUUUUGAAGUUGUCGAGAGGACCUCUUUUGGUCAGGAUGCGUUCACGGUCGUUGGCGAUUUAUUUCGCUCAUUACUGACUGUUGCAUUGGAGUUGCGGGAUCCGAAUCCUUCGAGCAAGGUGACCCCGCCGGACUCAGCUGUUGUAUAUGAAGGUGAAAUUCCUCAAACCCCUGAAGAAGUAUCCCGAUUUUCUUCUGACGUUGGUCAUUGGAUAUCUUGCCAUCUCGGAGCUACUUUACGACAAAUUACGUCGAAUUCUUACACGGUUUCUGAAUUACUUCGCCUGCACGUAAUGUCCUCUGGUUCAUCUGAAGACGAUCCAGCGUUGCAGUUCAUUAUCGAGUCUCCCCCAUUGAUUGAGAAGUUGAAAACUGUCAGUAUCUUCGAGCUAACGUUUGGAGAGAUCAUCGCGCUUUUGAAUCUACUGAUCAGUCAAAUUACAGCGACGACGACUUUUCGCGAGCAACUUGAUACUGCUAUGGAAAAGAGGAGGAAGAAAGGGAAGCGUGGGCGCCCCAGAGCAGGAGGAGAUGUGCCGCAAGAAAAUGGCGAUCAUCAUGCAGCCGAUGACGAAAAUGAAGAUGGCGUACCGGACGUGGAAAACAUUUUUUCUCGGCUGCCUUUGGGCUAUGAUAGAGCGUUCAGAAGUUACUGGAUGUUUUCAUCGGUUCCCGGGCUUUUCGUAGAAGACAUAGGAGAGAACUGUGGCCCAUGCUUACAAGAGCCUUCGUUCAAGUGCAAAGCGAACGAUUCUUCACCCCAAAAAUCGCCCGCGAAAAGCUCGAAGCGCAAAAAGAAGACGGAAAUCGAACGAGAUCCCACUUUGUCCUCUUGUGCCGGUUGGAAAAACAGAAAGAAUUGUCGAGUUCAUUCCGGUUUCGGACGCGAGCGCUCGUGGUACUACUACUCAACUCCAGAAGAAUUGGAAGCUUUAAUUGGUUCUCUGCAUCCAGAAGGAACGAGGGAGGGACAAUUGCGUUCACGAUUGUUGAAGGGAAAAACCGAAUUCGAAUCAAAAUUGAACGGAUGCCCGAAACACUUGCUUUCUGUAGAGAACGGUAAAAGUUCUCCAGACAUUCCUUCCACUCUCAAUUUGGAUUCAGUAUUCAGGGAAAAGCUUUUGGAAAUGGAAGAGGAGCUUCGUCUCGGUAACUUGGGAUUUCUGAAAGUACCCGAUAUUCCAAAGUGGAGAAACGCUCUUGCAACUGGUGGAUAUGAUCCACAAGUAGGCACCCUUCGCUGGGGUUCGGAUGAACUUCUGGCUGAGGAUGACGAGAAGGUGGCGGUUCGGCAGCUCUCAGCAGCCUUGCUUCAAGUAGAACAAGGUAUAAAUUGCAACCAUAUGAGGUAUCCGUUUGGCAAAGUGAUGGAGCGGAAAAAAUCCGGCGCCAGGGCUGCACCGCCGAAGGAUAACCCCCAAAGCGAACCAAAAAUAUAUCGGUGGGAGAAGUCGCUGCAGCACGUCACUUCUUAUUCUCAGCUGUUUGUUCAUCUUCAUGUGAUUUAUGACGCCGUCUUGUGGUCACGAUCUGUGCUGAAAAUGAAGUGCGGCGUGUGCAGGAAAAUGGGCGAUGGAUCUUUGAUAAUUUGCGACGAUUGUAAUGCUGGUUAUCAUACUUACUGUUUGAGGCCCCCGAUGAGAGAUUUUCCUGGAAGCGUGUGGUAUUGUAGGAUAUGCCAGCCGCUUCAUGCUCAAGAGAAAGUUGUGACUCACGAAUCGGAAACUGAAGCCGACGAAGAGGAAAGCAAAAGCGAGACGAUUGGAUUGGAUGAUAGCGCUGAAGAGCUUGAAGGCGACUGUGAAGAGGAAGAAGAAGAAGAAGACGACAAAGAAAACCUGAGCGCACCAAAUUGUCAUUUUUGUGCUAAACCCGGAGAACUAGUUCAAUGCGCUAGUGAAGAAUGUGAUCGAGAAUAUCACUUAGAAUGUGCUCAACCGCCGCUUCGACGACUUCCCAGACAUUCUUGGUUUUGUCAUAUUUGCAAAGCGAAAGCUGAACGUCCGAGUGCCUCUCGGAAACAUUCGUAUGCUGAGGAUAUUUCACCCCGUCGGAAGAACAAACGGAUUGACUCCUACUAUUAUGAGGAUGAUGACGACUACGAUCAGGACGAAAGUGGAACUGACGAUGAUGAAUUGUCGCAUCAGGGAAGCAGUCGAACAGGUCGUCGGCAAAAUGGCGCCGUUUCGUUGACUCUUCGCGAUGAUGUGGAUUUCGACAUGUCGGCGAUGACCAGAUUGUGGAAAGAUUUGAUACGUCACGAAGAUGCCUGGCCGUUUAUGAGACCUGUAAAGAAAUCUGACGUUCCCGAUUACUAUGAUGUAAUCAAACGUCCGAUGGACUUCGGCACGAUGAAAGGAAAACUUGACGACAACAAGUAUUUGGUGAAUCAAGAUUUUCUCGAGGACGUUCGACUUAUUUUCGAUAACUGUCGAUUGUACAAUCCAUCUGAUUCAGUAGUUUUCGAGUGCGGGGAAAAAAUGGAGGAAUUCUUCCGUGAAAAGCUUUCAGAGAUGGGACUGGAUAACUAUUACGACGACGACGACUAA